AUGUUGAUCAAAUUAGCUUUGCCUAAUCUCUUUAACAAUUUCGUCUGGAGUAUACGGCAAGAUCAAGAGAAUAGUACAAUUGAUGACAUCAUAGGACUGAAAGUUGAGGAUGAUAUUGAUCAAGGACAACAACUAACACUAGAAAAAAUCACUGCGUCUGGUAUUGUUCCAGGAGAUUUUCAUUAUCGUCCAAAUCCAUAUGCAUUUACAAAUCAUGAAACAUUUCUUGCUUAUGUAUCGAAUAUCGAUAGGAACAAUUAUACUAUUUAUAUGCAACCCGAAUGUCAUAUGCAAAACAUGCAGGAAUUGACUGAAGACCUUGAUUUUUAUUAUUCUAAUUCAAUAACAGACAAUUUACUAGUAAAAAAGAUUACAAUUGAUUUAGCAUAUCUUGGAAUAACAGAAGAGGUUCAAAUGGUCGAAGGUCAAUUCAAAUUUUUACUUAAAUAUUUUGCUAGAUUACCUUGCUUGGCUAUUCCUUGUCGUCUAAUGGAUAUUGAAUUCAAACUCGUCAAUUAUCAAAUGCCUCCUGAAACAUACAAACAAUUGAAUAAUUUCUGUCAAACAGGUCCUUUUUCUGUUGAAUCACAUGGCCAAGUAAAUGACAUGUUGAAUGUUAAAAUCUUCGAUGGUGAUUAUCGCUGCUUGAAUGAUAUUGUUGUCCAAAACGGACUAGCAUUUUCUUCCUCUUUGGGAGUCAAAUCGACAAUACCACCGACCAUUGUUACUAAAAAUCAUGAAGAUCAACGUAAGAUCCAACAGUCUCCAUGUUUUAUAAAACCAAAUGAAAACUAUGUUAUGAAUGAUUACGAAGAUGAUGCUUCCACUGGAACGCAAUCCGUAGAAACAUCAACUCCAACAACUAGUGCAUACGAUGAUUAUGUAUUAUCCAUUGUUAUUGUUUCUUUUUUUCUGAAAAGUUAUUUGCAUUUUUAG